GAAUGACUAUUUGGUAGAAAAUAAUAAAAAGGAAUGUUUUGAUGGCGUUUCAUGUUGGGUGUUUGUUAACUCUGGGACUAAUCAAAUAUCAAAACAGUCGCCUAGUUUCCACUUUAUUUAUAUCUUGAAUCUUUCAGGUUUUAUUUGGAGACGCUUGAAGCAGAAAUUGCCGGUUUCUUCUGGUGUGUGUUUCCGUAGUGGGCGGAGCUUGUGUUUCAGUAAUAACGGCUCUCUGAGUGGGAGGUUGUUCACCACUUCGUCUGAUCGCGUCGCUUCUUUCAGCAGCUUUGACAGCGUCUCUUUAUCCUUCAUUCCUCCUCCGUCCUCUCAUUGUCCCGCCGUAAAUAGACGAGCCGAGCUUCUGGUAGGUGAGGCUGAAAAAAACAAAAAAAAAAAACAAAAAACAAACUGCCUUGACGGAGGGGGAAGGUGUUCGAAGCUCAAACCUCUGGAGAAGAAAGCCAGCAGCGAAAGAAAAGAGAAGCUCGUGGCAGAUGGAACAACAGAGGAGGGAAGGAGGAACGUUGCCGAGGGCGACGCCGUUGAAGAUCACAAUGAGGCUCUGAGCACAAAAGGCCGUGAGGAAGGAGGACAAAGACGAAGGAUUCCUGAGGAGGAGAAGGAGGCGGCUUCAAAGGAGGGAUUUGUAUGCUCCCCUCCACCACUCGGACAUCCUCCUUUUUUAUUUUCCACCGCUGACAGAAGAAUGCCGGGUGAAGUGAGGCUGCCCAGGACUAGAGCGCUGCUGCUGGGGCUGCUGCUGGCGGUGGCGGCUUGCGGCGGCGUGAAGGUGGACCUGCUGGGCGACAUGGUGUUCGUGGAGGCCGACGACCGGCUGGGCGGAGAGCUGGAGGCCUCCAUGACCUCCUCGCUGCUCGGGGAGUUCCAGGAGGCGUCCGACGGGAUCCGGCCGAUGGAGCCGGCCGACGUGGCAGCAACCCAGCAGAACCCGUCGACGCCGACCACCUUCCCGGACUCCUCGGCGGUGGUGGGGAGGAUCUUCCAGAUGAAGGUGCCCAACAAGAUGGAAGACAUUCUGCUGGGCGACAUCGUCAAGAUCACGGAGAUGGGGAAGGACUCCCUCCCCUCCUGGCUCCACUGGGACGCCGGCAGCCGGAUCCUUCAGGGCCUCCCCCUGGACGAGGACAAGGGCGUCCACUACAUCUCCGUCUCCAUCUCCAACCACACCAAGUCCUCGUCCUCCUCGGAGGUCUUCUCCAUCGAGGUGCACCCCGAGGACCACCCGGACGUGGACUCGGCCCAGACGGCGUCCAACCAGGCCUCGGCCGAGGACGACGUCCAGCCCUUCAUGUGCGCCAACGAGGAGCCGGUGACGGUGCUGACAGUGAUCCUGGACGCCGACCUGACCAAGAUGAGCUCCGAGCAGCGAGUGGAGCUGCUGGACAACAUGAGGAGCUUCUCCGGCGUCGAGCUGCAGCACAUGAAGAUCCUCCCGGUGGUCAACAACCGGCUGUUCGACAUGUCUGCCUUCAUGGCCGGGCCUGGGAACGCCAAGAAGGUGGUGGAGAACGGUGCUCUGUUGUCCUGGAAACUCGGCUGCUCGCUGGACCAAAGCACAGUCCCAAACAUCAACAGCGUCCAGGGUCCUGCGAAGGAAGGCACCAUGUCGGCCAUGCUGGGAUACCCGGUGGUGGGCUGGCACAUUGCUAACAAGAAACCCCACGUCCCGAAGCGGGUCAGACGGCAGUUAAACAACACCCCGACGCCUGUUCUGGCGGUGCUUCCUCCAACAACCGUGGUGGAGCCACCGGUGAGGAUUAUCCCGACCCUCUCCUCACCUUCUAUUGCUGCACCCACCGAAAGCUCUGCUCCCCCUGUACGAGGCCCGGUACCUCUUCCAGGCAAGCCUACCAUCAGAGUUCGGGACCCGAUUGCCCACACCCCAACCCUGGGACCUCCUCAGCCAACAAGGGUGUUGGAGAGCACCAGCACCCUUCCCAUCCAGCCCACCAUGACCAGGCCAACGUAUGUGGAAGCCACCGCCACGCCACCCUCACCGACCAGAAGGCCCACCAAGAAGCCCAAGAGGCCCAAAACUACACCGGUGUCCAGAGAACCAAAGACUUCCACAGCCAAGCCGCCGAGGCGCACAACACCAGCACCUGGUGUGGUACCAGAUCCGUACAACGAGAAGCCUGUCCUGAGGAAUCCCAUUGAUCAGGUCAACGCGCUGGUGGGAACUUAUUUCGAAGUCAAGAUCCCAUCGGAUACCUUCUUUGAUAAGGAGGAUGGAACUACAGAUAAGCUGCGUCUGACUCUGAGACAGAACCACAAUGAGGUGGUUGGAGAGGGCUCGUGGAUCCAGUUCAACACCACCAGCCAGCUCCUCUACGGCCUGCCUGAUGUCCAGCAUGUUGGGAAACACGAAUACUUCAUGCAGGCGACCGACAAAGGUGGCCUGAAUGUAUUUGAUGCUAUCGAGGUCCAUGUGAACCGCUGGCCAGCAAAUGACAAAACCCCUGUGAUAUUCACAGCCCGGUUUGACGGCGAGCCACGUUCGGUUACAAACGACAUCCACAAGAAGAUCCUCCUGGUGAAGAAGCUGGCAUACGCUCUGGGCGACCGCAACAGCAGCACGGUGAGCCUACGCAACAUCACCAAAGGGUCUAUUGUGGUUGAGUGGACCAACACCAGCCUCCCGCAACAUCCGUGUCCGAAGGAACAGCUGCAAAUUAUGAGCAGGACACUCGCAGAUGCUGAUGGAAGACCUUCUCAGACCUUCAGGUACUCCAUGGAGCCUGAGUUCAGGCCACUGGAUGUCAAUGUGAAGGGUCGGGCGAGCUGCAGAGCAUAUUCCUUCGUCCCACCACGGGAGAUCGACAUACCAGAACCUCCGGCGGUCACUCCGGGUCUGGGAUCGAGCCGACACAGCACUGAUGAUGUCUACCUCCACACGGUGAUACCUGCCGUGGUGGUGGCGGCGAUCCUGUUAAUAGCAGGAAUCAUCGCAAUGAUCUGCUACAGAAAGAAACGAAAGGGCAAGCUGACCAUCGAGGACCAGGCCACCUUCAUCAAGAAGGGCGUGCCAAUUAUCUUUGCAGAUGAACUUGAUGACUCGAAGCCGCCUCCUUCCAGCAGCAUGCCCCUGAUUCUGCAGGAAGAGAAACCCCCUCUUCCACCUCCAGAGUACCCCAAUAUGGCCACGCCGGAGACCACCCCCCUCAACCAGGAGCUGCUGGGGGAGUACACGGCCCUACGAGACGAGGAUCCUAACGCGCCUCCCUACCAGCCGCCGCCUCCCUUCACGACUCCCAUGGAGGGCAAAGGCUCCCGUCCCAAGAACAUGACUCCCUACAGAUCUCCACCCCCCUACGUGCCACCCUAAGACUUGUUUACCCCUCUGCUGGUUGGGCGGAGGGUGAGGACGCCUGAGGAACUGUUUCCAUUCUGGUGUUUUGUCUGUCUGGACAUUUAAAGGGAGCGACGACGAGGUGCUAAAGUACAACACAGUUACAGGGGACUUUGGUUUGGGAUGGGGAGUCGUGAGUUGGGAUGGGAUGAUUGAUCAACACAGCUGGGAGGGACUACUGUUUCAGCGGUAGCCCAGCGACUACAGUGGCCUAAGACAAACAAAUUCUCGUCACAUUGGCUUUUGGUUCGGCCGGUUGGUCAGAAGCGGCAGUUGGGAGACGAGCUCUCCUUUCCCAGCAUUUCAUUUUUCUCUCAGUUGAUUUGGAUUUUUUUUGUUUCGUCUUUUCCGUCUUUACCCCGAGAUUUUUUAGGUUUUUUUCCAUUUUUCUCUGGACUGAAAGCCUAACAACUCUUCUUCUGUCUUGCUUUUGAAUAAUCCAGUGAACUGUCAUCAGACCACUGCAGGCAGCAGUUUUUAAAAGUGAGAUCCCUUCGAAUACAAGAAAAAGCUACUAUCUCCAAUCACCCCUGCAGACGACACAAGAGAAUGGGCGGUGGAGUUGUGUGAAUGAGUGAGUGUGUUUAUUCAGAUUCAAUACGGUUUGCCUUUUAACACUAGUUGUCUGUUUCUAUCCUUAUUCACAAUGUCUAGUAAAGCUGAGAAUAACAAGGUAGCCUAAAAAAAAAGAUUUAGAGAUGAAUAAUAAAUAAUUUGUUUGUUUCAUUGGUUUUAAAAUUCACUGUAUAUCUGGAUGACGUUCUGAUAGAUUGUUAUAUUUUUUUGGUGGUGGAAGAAAUGGGGGGGAGAAAGGGACUGCCUCGCUAAAAUAACCUGCGGGAGGUUUUUAUUCCUGUUUUACAUAAACAUUAAAUCACAGCACGUAGGAUGGAUCUUCUGUUACAUCAGUAGACACAAGCAGCAAGAAAACUACUGUUUUUAUUACCAGACAAUGUUUGAUUUGGAUGCAAAAUGUAUAGUUUAGAUGAAUUUCAGUUCAUUUGAUUUGACUUCGGUGUGGAUGGUUGUUUGCAGUUCACACAACUACAGUAAAAAACCAGGUUUCUACACGCACAUGGCAAGAAGAACACUCCUGCAGUUUAUUUUGGACCAGGGAUAAUUAUUUUUUUAUGUAACGAGGCAGUUUGUCUCUCCAGUCUGAAACAUCGUGUGCCAUGGAGACUGUAUGUACAGAUGUUCACAUUUUAGAGGUCACAGAGGAGAGGAUUGCGGCUGAGAUGGCGGCAGAGAUUCGGAUGGAAAAAACGAAUUUCCAAUAAUUACAGUGUACGACAGAAUUCAGGAGAUCUCUGUGCAAUAUCACUGAAGUGUUAAAUGAUCCAAAAUCCUCAAUUGUUUCACUGUCAGGACUAUACCUUCACUGUGGUAGUCCUGACUAGGAGAGACACAAAAUUACCACAAAGAGACAAAAAAUUACCACAAAGAGACAAAAAAUUAUCAUAAAGAGACAAGAAACUACCACCGAGACCAAAAACAGCCCUCCGUACUUCACUGCCAGGACUACACAUCCACUGUGGUAGUCCUGGUCCAGUUAAUGGUGGGCUCCGUCUGAGUCCAACUAAUUUAUCUUCAUCUGACCAACUAGUGUACUUCUAAUCUUCAUCAGGGAUUUCAUUUUGCAGUUUUGUGCCAAAGGAGAAGCAAAGGUUUUGUUUCUUGUCCUCCGUCCACAGAGGUUGAUGUUCUGAAAUGUCCUGAGCUUCACACUAACUCUGGUUUCCAUUGAGAACCCCUGAACCAAGUCUGAAGCAGCUGCUGUCUGCUUUUACAGCUGGAUGGAGAAAGUAGUUCACUGUCUGUGGAGUCAUUUUAGGAGGACGACCACUGCAGCCCUGAUUAGUGGAACUAUGGUUCCUUCUGUACCUCCUGAUUACUGCUGUAACUCUGGUUCAUCACUGUUUUGUAGUUCCUGGAUCCUUUCCCAUCUUUGUGAAGUCUUGCAGAGUUUUAACUUCCUCUGUUCAAUUCUUUUCCACAUGGAGCCAUGAUGUAGGCAUAGAUAGUCCAUAGGUCCAAAACUAAGUUCUGCUGUUCAGAACUCAUUUUAGAACCAUGUUCAUGCAGUUAUUUAUGCAGGUGAACUCACUUUUGUUGCAUAAAAUUUCCAUUUUGGGGUCUGAUUUUCAAUAUAGUCUUUCUAAAGUUUGUGUUUUGAUUGUUUAUGAGAGCAAAUAAUCUACUCUUCAAAUGCAAAAUCAUGCAGUUGUUUUACAGACGAUACAUGUUUGAAUCAUUAAAUAUUAAAGUGACAUUGCACCGGGAUGUUCUCACUUCUGCUGUAUAUUGUAGCUCGAUGAAAAUCUCCUUCUAAUUUUUUUACAAAGUUUUUGAUACAGCCUCAAAUUGUUUAUUACAAUAAAACACGAUUAAUGAUUAGUCUUCUGUGAUUUGUAAAAUUUUAGCCUAGAUUAUGAUUCAAUUAUGUAUUCUUUUUGUUUUUUUUCUGUUUGUCAUGGGUCACAUAUUUCCAGUGUUUUAUUUUACUGUGUGUGUGUUUGCAUUUACAAAUGUAUCUCCCACUAUACAAAGAUGGAACGACCCAUAUUUUAUGUAAUCACAAAUUUUAUUUUCAUGUCCUUUUACAUUUGCUGAUGAGUUUCAACUUGGAAGUGACCCUUUGCAAUAAUAAUGUAACGGCGCAGUCCACUCAGCGACUGGCCGAUGCAGGCUCAAGCGAGUGACUCGUAUUGUCAUAAUAUUGUUGGUUUUUGCAGGAUGCCAAGGCUUUUUUUGCUUAUCGAGUGUGCAUUGUAAUAAUAAAACCAACUGGUACCUUAAAA